AUGUUUUUCAAGCCGUUGGACCUGACCACUGCUCUUCGUCCCUUGUUGUUGCCCGAUGAGACCCUGUUGUUCGUUCAGGAUGCGGUGGGGUUAUAUGAGGGCAAAUAUAAAAUUCCUGACUACCAGGACGGCCAUGCGUAUCUCACGUCGCACCGAGUAUGCUACGUCGCGGUCGAGGAGCCGCGGAAGUACUCGGUCAGCAUUGACUUGAAAGAGGUGGAUCAUGCGGACUAUCAAGCUGGUUUUCUGAAAUCGUCGCCAAAGAUUACCUUGUACCCCAAACCACGGAAGACCGGUCUCUCCAAGUCUCGAAGCACCGCGGCGAGUCCAUCCCGCUCAUCGCACCCAGCUCAUCUGCAAUCAACAAGAUCCCAGUCGCCACUGACGCGGAUAUCCAGUCCCCAAGUCCAGUCACCCGCAUCGCCGUCGGUGCUGGCCACCUGGAUUUGCCCCAUAUGCUCAUUGUCCAACCCGGUGCCUUAUAACUUCGAUCCGUCGACGGCGACCACGUCGACGCAAGUGCCCCCCUGUUUAGCAUGUGGUAUCAAACCACCUUUCACAACCGUGCUCAAAGCCGCCAUAAGUGCUGCGGCCAGUCGGGAAGGUACUUCGACAGCACCCGCCUUUCCUCUGCCCGGUCAGGAAGUUGUUCCCGAGCACAAUGAUACCCGCAACGCGACUUCAUCACAGAACGGGGCCUCGGUCUCCUGCCCCCGGUGUACUUUUGUAAAUCACCCUUCUCUUCUAGAAUGUGAGAUUUGCGGCGCUCCGAUCAGGCCGGCCGGCGCCUCGGGUGCUAUAGGUGAUGCUCUGGGACGUUCGGAGUCCCCGGCUCCGUUCUUCAACCAGGGAAGCAUCAAGAGUACCGAAAUAACCGACUAUAUCAAACUGUCGUUUCGUGGAGGGGGUGAAAAGGCUCUCUACGAGAGGCUGAAAGGCGCCUUGGUCCAGAGGAAGUGGCUUCUCUAUGAUGCGCCUCCCGCACCGCAGCAGCCGUCGCAGCGCACGUCAUCCCCUGGUUUGACAACGGCUCCUUUAGCGUCGGAUGCGGUCCCGGCACAGACUAGGUCGCCCGCAGUCGGCAUUGCUGGCCUUGAGCAACGAGGUCUUGAAGCUCGUAGGAACAAUGAACUGGUCAUCGGCAAUGCGUUCGAAGAUCUCGAAGCGCUGAUGGCAUCGGCGAAGCAGAUCGUGAGCCUUGCUGAAACACUGGCGCGGGAGUCAGGUAUGGCCAGCGACGAGGGCUCCGCGGAGGCCAGCGCGGUGCUUUCAGAAUCGGUGGAAGCGUUGGGGAUGGUGACGACCAAGGAUAUGCUUGGAUCUGGUGCGGAGAGCUUGUACCUAUCGGAGCUUUCGCGAAAUCUAGCAGAAUACUUGACCGAUGACCGCAAAGGGAUUCUCCAGAGAGAAGGCGGGAUUGUGAGUCUCAUCGACCUGUGGGCCAUCUUCAAUCGGUCGCGCAAUGGGGUGGAGCUGGUCAGUCCUUCGGAUUUCCAGCGAGCGGCAGGGCUGUGGGAGAAGCUGAAGCUCCCAGUCCGAUUGCGUCGGUUUAAGAGUGGCCUGCUCGUCGUCCAACGUUACGACUGGAGCGACGAGAAGACCAUCCAGCAGAUCCGAGUCUGGAUGGCGGAGCUGUGCCAGCAUCCGCCCGCCGAGUCGGUCGCCUGGGAUUGGCGCAUCUUUGGACAGGCCGUGACCGCUCAAGAGGCAGCGCAGCGGUUCAAAUGGAGCGUGGGCGUCGCCACGGAGGAGCUGGAAAUGGCCGAAGAUCAAGGCAUCCUCUGCAGAGAGGAAGGCAUUGAGGGGCUGAGGUUUUGGAGCAACCAUCUCAUAUCCAGCUCCGAGCCGGAAAACGUAGGCGCGCUGAGCGUCACCAGCCUUACCAUAUGA